AUGCAGCACUGUACCCCUCUACGGGACUCUUUAGAAAGUCCUGACCCUUUGAAUGUCUUUACAGGUGCCUUUGCCAGCCCGUCGGAAAAACUCCCGCACGUGGCCCAGUAUGAAAGGGUGAUCCCGCGCAGGGUGCCUGCAGCUCCGGGGAAGAGAGACCUCUCUGCUCAACUCACCACGUAUCCGGACCACGUACAUUACAGCAUCCAUGCGGAAGGGAGGGACUACGUUCUCCGUCUGGAAAAGAACACGGGACUGAUGGGGGAGCACUACACGGAAACCCAUUACUCAGAAAAUGGCACGGAGGUCACCAAGAGGCCAGACACUCAGGAUCACUGCUUUUAUCACGGACAUGUUCACGGACACAGGGAUUCAGCGGCCAGCAUCAGCACAUGCCAAGGGCUCAGCGGAUUUUUCUGGGCCGAUCAGACAGUCUAUUUAAUUGAGCCCUUGGGAGGUGACGCUACAGGGGAGCACGCGGUGUACCGGGCGGACCACCUGAGAGCCAAGCGCGGGACCUGCGGAGACGCCAACGUCACGUUGGAGUACGACCAUGAACCGAAAGUCGCUGCCGCUAUGAAGCCCCAUCACUGGAAAUCAGCUCCGUUUCAGAAAGGACCCCGCUAUGUGGAGCUGGUUCUCGUUGUGGACAAUGCGGAGUACAAGAAAUCCAAAGACAUGCGGACGAUUCAGAAUCGCAUGAAGGAAAUUGUGAAUCAUGUUGACAAGCUUUACCAGACUCUCAAUAUCCGUGUGGCCUUGGUGGGCCUGGAAGUCUGGAGUUACAAGGACAGGAUCGCAGUGAGUCCCAACCCAGACACCACCCUGGACAAUUUUCUCCUCUGGCGAGAGACUGAGCUGUUACAGAAGAAGAAGCACGACAACGCCCAGCUGAUCACAGGCAUAGACUUCCAAGGCACGACGGUGGGGCUGGCCAAGAAGUACGCCAUGUGCACCCGGGACUCGGGAGGAGUAAAUCAGGACCACAGCUUGAAUCCCGUCGGAGCCGCAUCCACCGUGGCUCACGAGAUGGGACACAACCUGGGAAUGUCUCACGAUGAAGAUAUCAGUGGCUGCAGCUGCUCGGCCGUGAAGACCGAAGGAGGAUGCGUUAUGGCGGCUAGCGUUGGCAUGAUCUACCCCAAGCUCUUCAGCACCUGCAGCAGGAGCGACCUGCAGACGUUUCUAAGCGAUCCCCGGACCAGCUGCUUGCUGAACGUCCCCAAGGCGGAGGAGCUGUACGGGGUGCCUGUCUGUGGAAACCAGUUUGUGGAGCGAGGGGAGCAGUGUGACUGCGGGACGCCCAAGGAAUGCGGGGAUCCCUGCUGCAACGCCACCAGCUGCCGACUGAACGACGGCGCCGACUGCGCGCAGGGCGAAUGCUGCCACCAGUGCAAGGUGAAGGCUGCUGGCGCCUUGUGCCGUGCCAGUAAGAACAGCUGCGAUCUGCCCGAGCACUGCACUGGCCUUUCCGCGGAGUGCCCGGAGGACGUCUUCCAGGAGAACGGGGUGCCGUGCCAGUUUGGGACCGGCUACUGCUACAACGGGGUGUGCCCCUCGCACAGCGAGCACUGCCGCACCCUCUGGGGCGCAGAGGCACAGGUGGCCCCUGAUAUCUGCUUUGAGUACAAUAGCCGCCAGAAGUGCCUGACAGAGAACGGGAAAAGGCCCUGCAGCCCAAAGGACGUCAAGUGCGGCACGCUGCAUUGCCUGAGCGGGAGCAGGAGCCCGGGGAGCGGGGGCGGCUUCCAUUCCCUGUCGUUCGGGGGCGUGACCUGCAAAGCGGUGCUCACGGACAAGGAAGAAAGCGACACGGUGGCGAGCCUUGUGCUGGUGCCGACGGGCACCAAGUGCGGGGAGGAAAUGGUCUGCUAUGCCGGGCGCUGCCAGGACCUCCUGAUUUACGGUGCCAAAAACUGCUCUGCGAAGUGCAACGGCCACGGGGUCUGCAACCACAAGCGGGAGUGCCACUGUGAGCCCGGCUGGGCCGCGCCCUACUGCGAGCGGAAGCUGUCGGAGAUUGUGCCAGGUGGGAGCAGUGUGAUCGUGGCAGCUGUGGUGGCCAUGAUGGUCCUGGGAGCCGUGCUGGUCAUCGGAGGCGUCGUGUUCUACAAAGGCAAUGGAAGGAAAUACUUCCAGAAAGGGUAA